ACACAGAUAUCGACUCUAGGCGAUUCAAGUGAACCCUCAUCCUUAUAAUUUCCUCCUCAAGAUUUUGGAUAAAGUUUUGAUUUUUUUUGGUUCGCAAUGACGCUGCUCGAAGCUAUCUCCAACGCCGUGGCGAAUCAGGACAAGGUCGACUCGCAGUCCGAUUAUCCAUUCCCUCUUAGCCACGAUGGUAUCUUCGCGAAUCUGAAACCGAAGCUAGAAAACCCUAAUCUUGGUACCCUAAUCAAUCCAAUUUCCGGGUGGGGAAUCUCCGGAAGUGAUGUUGAAGUCAUCGAUUUGGGUAAAAAGUUUUCAUCUAAGCUCAAAAGGAAGCUUAAGGAUACUAACGGGUUUGUCAAAGAUGAGUUUGUCAAGAUGUUGAAGCAGUUUCUUGAGAAAAUUGGUGAGAAAGUUGGGAUUUCAGAGGCUGAGCCUGGGAUGGUUUUGGAGGAUCAAGCUGGUCUUGAAAUACAGAUACUGGUGGAGAAAAAUGGGUUUUUGAUGGGUAGAGAUGUAUCUGGUUUAGUGUUGAAAGGUUGUAUUAGUCUAGAGAUGUGGGAGCUAGUGGAAAUUUUGAUUUCAAACUCCUUGGUUGAUCAUUCUUCAUACUCUUAUUUAGUUAGCAAUCUUGUUGAGAAGCGAAGGUCAGAUUUGCUUUGCGUAGUGAUCAAAGAAGCUUCAGAUCUUGGGGCAACAGAGCUACUUUUGAUCUUGAAGUAUUUUCUUUGCCCAUCAAAGGAAGCAAUUACCACUAUGGCUAAGGUAAGAGAAGAAUGGGAGAGUCAGGCUAUGUUGGCUAUUGAAAAGUUGAGCAACACAGAGCUAUCAAAGAAGUCUAAAGUUGCUGAAGAGGCUUCGAUCUUGCUGAUGGUUGCUCAUGACGGGUUUUCUACCUCUGAGCUUUGCCUGCAUUACUUGUUAGCUUCACGGAAUGUUGAUGAAGUCAUGUUUGCAUCUGCAGUCAGUAAGUUGAAUGGCAAUGAGAUGAGUAGCUUUAUUCGAUACCUCUCUAAAUGGAUGAAGAAGUAUGAGAUGUUCCCUCAAGCUGGUCCAUGCCCUAAAGCCGCUUCCAAGCUUGGUUUGAAACUAUGCAACUGGGUUCCUGAACUCGCAGACAUAACCAAAUGUUUGGGACUUAUUAUCGAUGAGAACUUCUCCACUCUGGUUCUGUACUCGGAUUUGCAUGAAGAGCUAAAGUCUAUUGCAAGAGUAGCAGAUGGUUUAGCUUCAGAAUCAAAACUUUGCUGUUUUGUGGCUAAUGUGGUUGAAAGUUUGAAACUUGGAGCUGCCCGAAACUAGAUUUUCACAGUUCUUGGAGUUUUCAGAGUCUAGAUGGCGUUUGAUGCAACCCUGUUUUCACUUUUUAUAUGUUCUCCAGUGCCUUUUGUAUUUUCUAGUUUCAGUUCAUCCUUUUACUAAGUACAAUUUUGUUCGCUAUCUUUGAGAGUUUGUCUCCAAUCUCUGCACAUUGCCAAUCUCAUAUAGCCUACUAAAUUCUAAGAUCGACU